GUCAGGGGCGGAUCUGCAAGGGGGGCCAGGGGGGCCGGCCGGUGCCCCUGCUCCGGCCGUACGAGAUAGGGUAUAGGAAAGGGUUUGGGGGCGCCGGACUGUUGCUCUCCAUUUUAUCCGGCCAACAACUGUAGUUCGAAGGAUAGGGCGACGAGGAUGAUCGUAUAAUAAGUUGGCUGAGUUUUUGUUUUUAAUUCAUACGACAUCGUUUCAACCCCUGGGAAAAAGAAUUGAUCUUUGGGCCACUGAGCCAGGGCAGGCCCAAUAACCAAAAUUAAGCAAGCAGACCAAGCCAACAGCCCCAAGUGCACUGAGCUCCAGAUUUGAAACGUCACCAACCCAUCGAACCGCAAGGCGCAGCGAAGCAGCACGCUGCCACACCGGAUCCAGCUCGCCGACGCCAACCGCCUGUGCCCUUCCGCCGUCAGCCGUCUGCUGUCCGACUUUCCGAUAGGCUUAUAAUAUAAAGUUGUGUGAUGUUAGAGAGGAUAAUGUUCGGAUACACUGUGCUGGAGUAAAACUUUCAGAUGAUUUUGCCUAUUAAAUCACUUUAUUUAUGACCAUAAUAUUGUGUUUGCAAACUUUCAAGUCACAACAUUAUUACAAAUUCUAGGAUAUUAGGAACUGUUUUGGUCCACUCCACAAUUGGGGGUAUGUGAUCCGUAAUUUAUUCCACCUCACCUGAUCUCCUAGUAUUUAAAUUUGGACUGAAAUUUCCUAGUCUGGUCUGAUCUAUUUUGAACUGGUCUGUUCUAGUCUGUAAAUAUCUGGUCUCUGUAUUUUAUAACAUCCUAAGUCCUUGCCCAGUUGCCCGACCAUAUUUCCUGUGAUUUUGCGGCAGAGGCUGCUACAAGGCCUCUCAAUUUAGUAGGGCCUCAUCAUAUUCUUGAAGCUAAGUCCUAUUAAUACUACUCGGAAUAUAUUUUUUAAUUCACUUGUAUUACUAAUUUAGUAUAGACAUUUUAACCAUUGUAUUAGUGCAUGUUUUUCUUUGACCGAUGAGCAAAUGUGUUUUGGAGCGCAUCUUUUAAUUAAUUUUUCAUUUGUCUCCUAGCAAAAAUUAGGUGGAAUUGAAAAUUUAUGAAUGUGAGAGAAUACUAUGUACGAUAGUAUAUUACAUGUGUUAGCUAUCUAUUUAAUUGGGGAAACUAUGUGCUAGUUCAGUACUUUGUGAUUUUUUUAAGAAACCUUUACAUUUAGUUCUACAUUUGAUCGAGAAGUUGUUUAUUUUAGAUAUUAAGUCUGUUUGUUGACAUUUUUUUCAACUUAUUAGCCAACUUUUAAAUCAAACACAUCAUUUUUUAUUUUGUGCGUUGAAUUGUGUAACAUAAGAAAAAGUGUGAUUGAAGUUUCUUUUCUAACUAUAUUGGCUGAAGUUACUGUAAAUGAUCAUUUUAGCUAUUUUUCAUAUAAUUUUUUCUUUAUUUUAUCAAUAAAAUAUAUUUUAUUUUAUUUUACAUACAUUAGCGGAAUCAACCAAUACAUCCACUUCAGCCAGAACUUCAUACAUUUCAGAAGAAUCAACAAAUACAGCCGAUUUCAGUUGGAAAAUAAAAUGAUUUGGGAGUGUUUGGCAAUUGACCGUUGGCUGUUGGUUGUUGGCUGAUUCAUGACAGCGGAUCUGGUUAGCUGUUUUGAUUAGCUGAUAGUAUUAGCAGUUUGUAAAAAUCAGAUAUUUUAUUAAAACAAAAUCAUUGUAAUAGAAAAACGUCUUUUCCCUUAACUUUAACAAUUUAGCUUUAAAACGUUCGUUAAGCAAAAUAAUCUACUUGAAAAUGUAUAACUUUGUUGCACAGAUUUUAUUUUGAAAAUGUUUUUUUGAAAGGAAAAUUUGUCAUCUGUAUGAAAAUUGAUAUACGUGCUUAAUUUAGAUAGAUUUUUUUCGCCAAAACAAUCAUGUCUGCCACCUUGGGCUUCCAAGUCUCCGUAGACGGCCCUAAUUUUGCCGACCAUAUUUCCUGUGAUUUUGCCUUUUGGUUAGGGCUGGAUUCGGUUCGGUUCCCGAAACGAAAUGGGAAAUACCCCAACCCAAACCGAUUUUUCAGUUUCCUUGAUUUUUUUAACCGAACCAAAUUUGGUCGGAAACCAAUUAUUCUGGAAGCGAAUUUUCGGUUCGGUUUUCUUUUUAAAUAAUUGAAUGAAUAGUAAUAGGGAAAUUAUCAUUCACCUCCCCUGAGGUUUAACGUUUUAUCACUUACACCCCUAUAGUUUUAAAAAUAUGCAACAACCUCCAUAUAUUAUUUGAGAGUGUUAACUUUAACGGAAGAGUGUUAACCUCAAAAACCAUUGCUAAAUGAAAAACCAUCCAAAAGUUAGCAUGAUAAAUUAGAAACCACCCAGCACACAUGUUUUGAGUAUAACAUACCAUAUUCCGUACUACAUAUACUUGAACCCUAGGCGGAAUAUACAAAAGUUAAUUAGAGCAUAUACUUGAGGCUUCAGCCAUCUACAACUUUCCAAAUCAGCAUAUUCAACUGCCCCUUGGUAGUAUAAAUAGUACUCCGUAGCAUUUACUGCAUUGUAAAGUGUUGACAACUUACCCGCCUUACCUUACUAGUAUUCAUUGAGCUCUUAGCUAAUUACUCGCAGCUCUUCUACUUGAGUGUGAGACAAACGGCCGCAGGCCUUAGCAUAGUGCAAUGUAACGAGGAGUUAUUAGACUUAAUAAUAAUCGGCUCACUAUUGCAUACAUUUCUUAGCCCAUCUAAUUUGCUUGCAUCACGUAGUCACAUACAACAUUCAUUCGAAAUCUUUGGGCUUACGUGUUGGAGUCCAAGGGUUGAAGAAAUAAACCUCAACAAUAGUAUUAGUCAAUAUCCUUGACUUAAACCCCAGCCCACCCAUAUAUCUAUGAGUGUAUAGAACUCCUCCUGGUUCAAAUCAACUUAACAUGAGGACACCACUCGGUCCUGAAUUACUAAACAGUAAUCUAUGAGUUUUGAGGAUACACACCCGAUCCUUGGGUACUCCACCCUAUAUAACCGAGUUUUGAGGAUACACGCCCGAUGCUUGGGUACUCCACCCUAUAUAACCGAGUUUUGAGGAUACACGCCCGAUCCUUGGGUACUCCACCCUAUAUAACCGAGUUUUGAGGAUACACGCCCGAUCUUUGGGUACUCCACCAUAAAAUGAAUAGAGAACACACCUUUCAAAUUUGCAUUGAAAAAUAGAGAUUUGGUGUUGUUUCAAAUUAGAAGAUCGAUCUCUUCUAUAUAAGAUUCACCUCAAACUUGAUCUUGCCCAUCAGAUCAUCAGAUUCAUCUCCCAGCUCACAAACACCGAUCAGGUCCAUGUGGAGGAAAAAAAGAGAUUUGAAGAUAUCACAAUUUCCAUGGAAAUUAACAGAUCGGGCUACCAUGUCAAAAUGGCAAAGUAUAAUGGGAGCUACAUUCAGAUACCCAUGGGACCCCAUAAUUCAAGUCUGUUUAAAUUUGUUAAUGUUUUUGCUAAUUUUGUAGGAUACUCAAAGCCAGUGCAGGAUGACUCUAUAUUUCUGCAACAUGAGAGUGUGUUACAAACCGAGGACCCCACAUCCAUAUCUAAACUGAUUUUUAAUUCUCAAAUUCAGGCAGCAAAUUCCAAAAGAAACCAUGUCUUCUCUUGUGAGAAAGGACCUCAGUUGCCAUUGAUUCAGGCCUACUCUGACGCUUCUGAAGAUUUUGAUCAUUCUGAUGACUCGCUCUAUUCAGAUGACUUCUUGGGACAUGCAACCGAGAGCGAUCGCCGUCCUCCUAUUUCAUACCCAGAAGAAAUUAGGAGAUCCAAAUUCAAUGCCGCAAUUUGCCACAAAGCUAAUUUCAUAACCUCAGAAAAUUGUCUGCCAACCAAGAACUUGAACACGCAACUAAAAAUCUACAGAAAGUCUCAAAAGAACAAAAGGCGUCACAGCAUGACAACCAGGUCCCAAUCAAGAGAGUUUCCAUGGGAUUAGCGCUUUUUGUAGUACUUACUAGCAAAAAACAUACUCCAUAUUAGUUAUUGACAAAUACACUACCUGGUCUAUAAACUUAGGCAAUUCAAGACUUC